AUGAUAUUGGCCUAUAUUAAAAUAUUAUCAAAUCAGAUUAUCACCAACACAAUUAGUGAAGUUGAAACUGUUUCAAAAGACAAAUUACCAAAUUCAUUAUCACAAAUUUCAGUUAAUACUCAACCAUUGAAUGAUUAUGAUAAAUCACAAGAGGCAACAAAUUCAACAGACAACACACCAACAAGUGAUACAAAAUCCAAAACAAAUGUUCCUCCACUGAAAAAGAUCAUACGAUCAUCCAUUACAGAAACUGAAGAAGUUAAAGAGAAGUCUGUCAAAUCUUACUUUGAUACUGUUUCAUCAACUGGUUAUCCGACAUCACCACCGGACUUUUCUGAUUAUGUUAAGACACGUGUAACAAAUAAAUACCCAAGUUAUUCAUCUUCUUGCAGUUCAUAUCAAUAUCAUCAUCAUGUAGAAAAUUUACCUAAAAAAUCGGAUGAAAAUAUCAAUGGUCACAGUAAUUUGACAUCACAUAAAGUUUUAUCUACGGUUACUAAAUUAGCACCAGAAAGUAAUGUGCCUCAAACAAAUAAUUAUGAAAGUAUAUCAAGACCACAAAUCAGUGUUCCUAUUAAAAUACGACGUAUACCACAAGAUGUUAGGGUAAUUCACACAUCAAAUACACCUACCUUAAAUAGAUUAGACGAAUUUAAGCGGAACUGUGAACGAGCAACAAGACAAUGGGAACAAGUGAUCAAUAAUAAAAAUGGUAAUAAAUUGACAGAAGAAAUAAUGGUUCGCAGAAUAGCUGAAUUGGAAUCCUGUGUAAAAGAGGCUGAAAAUUUAUUAAAAUUAUUUGUAGCAGAAGUUCGUGAUGUACGUGCAACAGCUGAUUAUUGGUCAAAGAAAACAACAAAUUUAGAAAAAUCUUAUCAUAAUUUACAUGGAAAAGUUAAAGAUUAUCGUUUUAAUGCAAAACAAAGUGAAAAUGAAUAUUUGAAAGCUAUGGAAGAACGUGAUUACUUUUUACAAAGUCUACGAGAAUCAGAAACAAGAGAACAAAACUUAUCAAAUUUACUUCAACGUGUUGAAGAUGAAUAUAAUACAUUAUCAAGAGAUAUAAGAAUUUUAGAACGAGCUCAUGCAAAAAAAGAUCGUCAAUUACAAAAUUUAUUAUUAGAAAAAAAUGAACUUUCUAGAAAAAUUAUACAUUUAGAAUCAACUUUGCAUAAAUUAAAAAAUCGAGCAGAAUACACAUAUCGGCAAAAACACUCAUCUCAUAAAGAUGAACCCAUAAGUCGACUUCAUACCCAACUUGGUGAUGAAUCUGAAUAUGUACUAAGUGACUUCGGUUCAUUAGAUAGAAACCAAAAGAUAUACACAAUGACUGCAUCAAUAGAUGAAAGACAGAACAAAAACACUCUAAUUGGUAUUAAUCAAAAUUUAGAUGAUUCUGAUACGUAUAUACCACAAAAAUCGGAUUCAUUCAAACUAUUUGUCCAACAAAAACAUUCCGACUCUUUAAUAACUACAAAAAUAAGUGAAAAUAAUAUCAAUACACAGGAUCAUAAAGAUUCACUUGAUGAUCAAAAUAUUGAUUUGUCACCAACAACAAUUGGCAAUGAUGAACAGAUUCAUCAUCAAUCAGAACAUUUAAUACAGCAUCGAUCGGUUGAAAAAAGUAUGGAUGAUUUAUCGGAUACUUUAGUAGAUUUAAAUAAUUUAACUAGACAAGAUGAUAUGGAUAUUGAGAUACAACCAAGAGAUUCAACAAAUAAUUAUCAUAGAAAAUGGAGUAUUGCAUCCGAUUAUCAAUAUUCUCCUAAUCAACACAUUAAGUCAUUAAAAAAAGAUGCUUUAUCAACUGAAGAUGAAUCAUUAAAACAUAGAUCUCAAGUACAAGUUGUUGUUGGGCGAUCACCAUCAACUGAAAAAAAACGAAGAACAGUUCAUACCAGUCAUUCACAUAAAAAGUAUUCAUAUAAGAAAAUUUUUGAUCAGCCUGUAUUGCCAUCUGUAUUCAGUACUAACAGCCUUCGAUUUAAUAGACAUCGUCCAGCAUCAGUCUCUGGUUAUUUGGAUGAAUGCGCACUAAACAGGUCGUACGAUUUAUACCCUGUACCAUCGUCAGCUAGACCAAGUACCAGUUUUGGACAUUUACAUAAUUCUAAACGUUUAAAAUCACUGGAAAGAGAUUAUUAUACAUCUUGUCAAAAUUUAAGUACAAAACCUUACUCCACUGUAAAACUGAAUCGUCAAGUAAAUCGACAACCUCUCAUUAUUCACUCACAUUCAGAUCGUCGUUUAAGAGAUAUGCAACAUGCGAAUUAUUUACGCCAUGGCAAUCGCAUGGAUAACGAAUAUGAACGAAUUUACUUUCCCCAGUCAUAUUCAUCACAUCAUUUAAAAAUUCCAGAAAAGACAUGUUUGGAAAGUAGUUUAGAUCAUAUCAAUCUUGAAGUGGAUCGUUUACGAGAUUGUAUUAAAUUAUUAAAUCCAUAA